AUGUCAGAAGCAGCCAAGGAGGAGGAAGAGGAGGAGGGGGAGGAGGCAUACCCUCUGUUCGUCCCUUGGAAUGUCCGCAAGACGCAGCUGGUGCAGAGCUUCACGACGACUGGGACGAUUCAGAUGCCCUCCUUCGUGUCUGUGGAAGUCGCCAAGGCAGGAAGAGGAGCCAACACACUGAAGGCUCGUCUUGACUCGAUCGAUGAUGGAGAUAACGAGGUCAGCAUGGUGCGGUACAACGCGAGGGAGUACGUAACCAAGAUGACGGAGCUGAACGAGGAGCUGGCGAGGGCUUGGAACAAGGAGGAGCGGGUGAAGGCGCUGAAGAUGGCGAUCCAGUGCUCGAAGCUGCUGGGCGACUCGAGCACGCCUCAGUUCUACCCCUCCCUGUUCGUCCUUGUCACUGAGAUCCUGGACACGUUCGGGCGGCUGGUGUUUGAGAGGAUCAAGCAGAAGGGUUUGACCCCGGAGGGCAAGGCGAAGACCAGGGUGGAGGAUUUCUGGUACGACCAGCUCACGUUUUCUGCUGCUCCAUCCCCUGACUGCUCGUCCUAA